AUGGCUUCAAUAAUGCAGCGCCGUAUGCUCUCCAAGGAAGACGAAGCCGCAGACGAGGUCGAGGUUCGACGAGAAGACCAGGACAAGAUCAACAGGUUCAGCCGGCUACACCAGCGAGAGCUCGCCUUGAAGGAGGAGCUGCAGCUCAAGAGCAAAGAAAAGGAGGAGCUGGACGACAUCUCCACCGAACUCGAGCUUGCAGACGAGGAUGAGAAGAUACAAUACAAAAUCGGCGACGCCUUUUUCCACCUCCCCCUCGAACAAGCACAGGAGAUGCUCAGCACCGCAACAGCGAGAAUAGACGAAGAGACCGAAAAGCUGGAAGAAAAGCUUGGCACCAUCGAAGACGAAAUGUCACAGCUCAAGGUCGAGCUUUAUGCAAGGUUCGGCAAGCAAAUCAACUUGGAGACGUGA